AUGAAAGCCACACCCGACGACGCAUCAUCAACCUUCUCGUAUGACGGCGAAGGAGUUCCUGACACAUUUAGCCUCUGUCUACGAUAUAUUGAAGGACGAUGGAACCUCCAUUGGAGUUGUCCGCGUCGCGCUCCUGCAUUCCCAAAAGAUAAGCUUGAGUCAGAGGUUUGCCGUGUCGCUAGAGUUUCUGUCGCAACCCUCAAAUACCUGGCUGCGCACACAGUCAUCCCAGUGCUGAAGGUGUUCGCAUGGGAUUCGAACGCGGCUAAUCCAGUUGGUGCGGAAUACAUGAUCAUGGAGAAAUACAUCUUGAAGCUUCCAGGAGUCUCUGCUGACGACGUAUGGGAGAGCCUUGCGAUGCAUGUGAAGGAACGUGUAGUGCUCCAAGUUGCUGAAUAUCUCAUGGCCAUGUUUGCACUCCGUUUCGAGACCGCGGGCUCACUCUAUAUUUCUUCAGAUGAAGUUGUCGUUGGUCCUAUCAUUAGUACACCAUUUUAUCGUGCUCUCGAUGGUGUUGUUCGCCUGCCCCAGGGCCUUUCACCUGAUGACACCCACCGUGGCCCCUUCUCUACUACAACCGAAUAUCUUCAGAGCUACACCCACGCGGAGCUGCAAUUUAUCUCUCAACACUACUCAAUUGCACUACAGGAACUCGAUGGAGAGAAUGAAGAGUUAGCUAUUCGCCAUUUAGAAGAUGCACAGCGUAUCCUGCAGAAGACUCUUGACUUAUGUGCCAUCGAUGAAAUUACUGGUCGCGUAACCGGAUUGAUUGACUUCGAGGGAACCACGAUCGCGCCUUUGUGGGAAUGCGCGUUCCUUCCGCGAUGGCUCCAACAUCCCGCCGAUCCAGAAGCGACCUAUGAAGGAGGAGACGAGGAGACAAGACAAGCCUUACGUGCGAUUUUUAUGGAUAAGGUCGGGAAUGGGCAAUGGGCUGUGCUAUAUGAGCUUGGGAAGCCUUUCAGGCAGCUGUGCGAUCGGUUACAUUUCAGGCAAUUUGGCAAAGCUGUUUCUACGGGUUUCUCAACCCGAGCAACCUCCGAAAACCGUGGAGUAAAAAGCAAAGUCAAGCAAAAUAGCACAAAGUCAGAGGUCAGUCAAGUCCCCCAACAUGCCGUCACUGCCUCCGACUUCCAUCCGUUACACGAAAAUGCGACGGCGAUCCAACGAAGUGUUACAUUGGAACCAGGCUUACCGACGACACAGUCGACGCUCUUUGGCUGGACGGCCCACCAUCACCACCACCAAAACAUGGCGAGCGCAGAGUACAUGACUGAGUUACGAGCGUAG